AUCAAGAGUUUGGCUUGGAGUACUACAAGCUGCAGCCAUAAUUAGAAAAUCAAAGUAUUUUAGAACGUGUUCAACAGGAGAACACUUUACUAUAGAGUUUGAGAACCUAGUGGAAAGUGAUGAGGGGGAAAGCCCAGGAAGCAGUCACAGGCCUCUGACUGAGGAAGAAAUUGCUGACUUGAAAGACAGACAUUAUGACUCCAUUGCUGAAAAGCAGAGAGCUGUUGAUAUGAAACUUCAGUCAGAGUUAGCCUUACAAGAGGAGAAGUUAAGAAUAGAAGAAGAGGCUUUAUAUGCUGCACAACGUGAAGCAGCCAGGGCAGCAAAGCAGAAAAAGCUCUUGGAGCAACACAGACUGCAAAGGAUAACGCAGAGAGCGCAUGCUGUUAAUAAUGGAGACUAUCAAAGCUCUGUCACAGAAGAAGAUAUUGAUUCCUUCUUGAGAAAUACAAAAAUCCAGUAUGAAGCUUUUCGAAGUAGUAGACUUUCAUCUGAUGCUACAGUGCUGACACCAAACACAGAGAGCAGUUGUGACUUAAUGACCAAAACAAAAUCAACAAGUGGCAAUGAUGACAGCACUUCAUUAGACUUAGAAUGGGAAGAUGAGGAAGGUAUGAACAGAAUGAUUCCAAUGAGAGAACGCUCUAAAACAGAAGAGGAUAUACUCCGAGCAGCCCUAAAAUUUAGCAGCAAGAAGACUGGAAGUCAUCCAGCUUCAGCCUCUGACGAUUCUAAUGGUUUGGAGUGGGAGAAUGACUUUGUUAGUGCUGAAAUGGAUGAUAAUGGCAAUUCAGAGUAUGCUGGAUUUGUAAAUCCUGUCUUAGAGUUGUCUACAUCAGAUGUAAGGAUAUCUGACUCUGAUCAACAAGACAGGUAGUG